GAUCGUACCGGUAAUACGCACAACUCAAGGACGCCUGUCAUAGAUUACAUCCAUGAGGUCUUUAUCUUCGUUUUGUAGCUCGCACUCGUAUGCGCAAUUGCUUUUCUCGUCUGCAGAUCUGCGAUUAUUCGUAUUCGGCUUCUCGGAAGGCGCCAGCGCUGCCCCUCUCCCUAGCCUACCAUACCUUCCAUCGCCCACCCACGAAGCUCCGCGAUGUCAAUCACAUGGUCAGUCAAGAGGCCGGAGUCAGCAACACUCUGUGAGCGAUGUACCCCUUAUCUUCCCUUGCUCGUCGAGGUCAGCCUAGCGGGCAAAGACUAUAAAGCUCACGACGAAUGGUGGAAGGCGACGUAUGACAAGGUCAAGCCAUGGGUCAUCCAAGGGCUCUACCCCAGCGAAUGUGAGCUUUGUCAGAUGCUCCAACGCUGUUUCUCGCGAUUCCCUGGUUUCGACACAGCCACCACGGAGAUCCGUGUUACCAAUUACAAACCAUCCUCGCACAAAGGCCUUGACCAUGAUACAUGCAUAUUCAAAGCGUGUGGUUACAGCUUGAUUCUAGCACCAGUCAACCCCAGUGUAAUGGUCGGCGAUGCAGAAACUGUGCAUGCUUUCGCGGCCCGGCCAGUUUUCGCGUCGUUCAAUCCGUUGCUGGCGAAGAUAUGGCUGGCGAAAUGUGGUGCGCAGCACGCUGCAUGCAAACCGGAUCACUCUUCGGAAAACUUUAACUUCCCUUUUCGGUUGAUUGAUGUCCAGGAGGGGAGGCUGGUAGAGGCGCCGCCUGAUGUGCGUUACAUUGCCUUGAGUUAUGUUUGGGGAGGGGUCAAACAGGUCAUGUUGAAAAGAUCCAACAAGCAGUUCCUGGAGCAGCCCGGUUCGCUUACACCGGAAGGUCUCGCAGAAGCCGAAGGAGAGUAUGCCAGUGUCAAAGAAGAGGUGGAGUCUGAAGGAAGUGUCGUCCCGCGAACCAUUCGAGAAGCUAUCCGACUUUGCCAGCUCAUCAACGAGCGCUACCUGUGGGUCGAUUCGCUUUGUAUCAUACAAGAUGAUGAGAUACAAAUGGCAACUGGCGCGUGGACAAAUGCGGAUAAGUUGGCUCAGAUUCCGAAGAUGGAUGUGAUCUACGGCGCGUCUGCGCUCACUGUUAUCGCAGCAUGCGGUUCAGACUCCAACGCCGGGCUACAUGGGAUACACCCAAGUAAUGCACGUGCGGCUCAAACCAUGGGCAAAAUUGGGGACCAGUUCUUCGUCUCGAUUCAGAAUGACCCAAUGGCGGCCUUCUGGCGGUCCACUUGGGUGAACAGGGCGUGGACCUUCCAGGAAUUUCUUCUGUCCCGGCGUCAUCUCAUAUUUCUUCCUGAACAAGUAGUCUUCCAUUGCAGAACACUCGCAUGGUGCGAAGACCACCCUCUUGAGUACAUCGAUGACGGAGUAACGCACCUAGGUAGCUCGGCCCCAACCUGGACAAGGACCGCGGAAUUAAGUCCGUUGAUAUUACCAGUACGUUCAGUCUGGGCGGCAGAUGUCUUCUUUCCACGGAUAUUCAUUGAAAAAUUCUACGCAAACUGGCUCCAAGAUUUCUUACAGCGACGCCUCACUGUCCCAUCGGAUCACCUAUCCGCGUUCGAAGGCGCACUAUCGGCUUCGAAGAAUCUUCUUGGAACGUUUCAUUACGGUCUUCCGGUCGGCUACUUCUGCGAGACUUUGAAUUGGAAGGUUGGACAGGGGCGUGACGGAUGGAAUAACAAAAGCCCAUACCGGGGUCUCACGCAGCGCAGAUCAGGGUUCCCAUCCUGGUCUUGGACGGGUUGGAUAUGGGACUUGCCGCGCACCGAAACAUUCAACUUGAGCUAUCAAGUCGACUCUGCAGAACAAUGGCGUCGUGUUGGAAUUUGGGGCAUAAAGACUUCUACAAGUGAAGAUCUCGAGCCAUGGCAUAUCACCUCACCAGAUGUGACACCAUGGGAUCGCCUAAAUCUCGCCCCGAGUGGGGCAUUUGACACAGACGAAGACUGGAUACACGAAAAACUCCCAAUGUACUUCGAUAUCGCCAGAAAAGCGACGAUUCCGUCAAACUGUCUUAUCAUCAAGACAAUCAUAGCCACCAUCCACAUCAGCUCUCAUUUAUUAAAUCAGUCCAGCAACCUCAAUCGAGCCUACCCUACCUCCGACUUCACGGCCAAGCAACCGCUUGACGGCAUUGGGUUUUCGAGUGAGUGGGCGCAUAGGAUCGAAGCUGGCUUACAGUUACAGAUCAUUGCGAUAGGGAAUUUUUACUGGGGCACUAACCCAAAGCAGCCGGACUACACGGAUGAGGAUGAUCCGACUAUCGUGUGUUUGGUCGUGCAGCCAGUAGGUGAUGGUAUUUUCGAGAGGCUGAAUGUUUUGCGAGCGAAGGCUUCUCUGAUUAAAAACUUGGAUUGGAAACCCGUUGUGGUUGUGUUGCAGUGAGAUGUUGGCAUGUAGGAUCUAGGCACCAUUCAAAUAUCGACAAGUCAAUUCUGCAUAGGCCGACGGUUACUCCUGCAGACUGAAGGUUUCUCAAUUCGACGCAGCUCACCUGGCUCUGCUAAUCCACUACGCACGAAAGCUAGCCCAACGAACUUUCAAUUAUUUCCAUUUCUACACCAAAGAUUAGGC